AGGGCAAGAGAGAGGCAAAACAGAUCAGCACAAAACAGUUCAGCGCAUCCCACCACGACCAAAUGCUUCUUUCAAUAUAUUGCUAUAGUCCGUUUUUAGUGUACCUAGGUAGAUCCUCUUUCUCUCUCUUGGAAAUGACAGCCCGACUACGGAGAGUUAUGCCCUUGGCGCUGGUGGUUGUCAUGUGCGCACUGAUCUAUGUGCUUCUGUAUGGACACAUCUCUGAAGACAGCAUCGGGAUCCGUUUCUACGGUGAUGGAAACAUUGUGGCUGUCUAUGACACAUCUAAAAGGUGGAGCUUGCCCGCAUGGUUGAAAAACUUCCACUAUGCCUCCAAUGUGGACUUAAAUAUUAAUAUAACUAGGAAAACUGCAGCUGGUAACUUCACAGCAAUCACAACCAAAGAAAAAAGUAAUUCCGUGACGACUGACCCAACAACUUUAAAGCAGACCGUAAAACAGACAAAUGGAUUAACAGGUGGACCCAGGUCUGCACACAAGGAGACCCCUAUGCUCCCCCUGCAAAAAAAGGACUUCGAGCAAUAUCCCGACUGGGAUUUUGAGGAUGUUUACAUCCGGGACAAGCAAACGAGACAGACGGCCUGUCCCCAGUCUCUGCGGAACUCCAAGGACCCAGGCUUCCAGCAGGCCUUUAUACCAGACGUCCAGUUGUACCUCCACGGUGAACUACUCAACGUGCCAGAGUGGAACAGGCUAGCUCACUUCAAUAACCCCUUUGGCUUCAUGGAAUACACAAACUACACAGAGAUCAAGGCAGUGGUGGACCUGAUCCCCAAGCCAAGAGAGGCCCUGCUCCUGCCGCGGGGGAACCUCAAGUGUAUUCGCUGUGCUGUGGUGGCCAACGGAGGAAUACUCAAUGGCUCUCGGAUGGGGAAGGAGAUCGAUGCCCAUGACUACGUGUUCCGGAUGAAUGGUGCCGUAACCAAGGGUUAUGAGGAGGAUGUAGGUAAUAGAACGUCGGUGUACAUUCACACCGCCCACGCCAUCACCGCGUCUCCUUAUCUAUUCCAGAAAUAUGGCUACCACAAUGCACCUCAUGACGAGGGUAUAAAGUAUGUGCUGAUUCCAGAGGGGCUGAGGGAUUUCCAGUGGCUACAGGGUCUAUUUGGGAAGACACUAGUCUCUAAAGGACCCUACAGGAACAGACAGCCGUGGAAGGACUACUCAGGACAGUUUGAUGAGACCCGCUUCUAUGUUCUUCACCCUGACUUUCUCAGAUACAUCCGCAAAAGGUUCAUGUGGUCCCAGGAGAUGAAGAGUUCAUUGUGGUCUAUAUUCAGACCUACUAAUGGAGCAUUCACACUCUUCCUGGCCCUGCACACCUGUGACAUGGUGGAUGCGUAUGGAUUUAUCACAGAGGACCACGAUAAAUAUCCCAACUACUAUGUUGAGAGGAACUCUAAAACCAAAGUCAUCUUCUACUCUAAUCACGACUACAACCUAGAGAUUAAGACCUGGAAGAAACUACAUGACACCAAGAUCAUCCGGCUUUAUCAGAGACAGGAGGACCCAGAGGGAAAGACAGGCAAAACAAAACGACCAUAAAACCCUGUCUGUUUGCAGAGGUGGACAAAGAUACAUCAAAAUGUGUCUGUUACAAAAUACCCUAAAGAACAAUUGCAAUGGGGAAAUGUAAGAUCAAUAACGUUCAUAUUUAGUUGUGUGGUUAACACAAUGUUAGCUAAUUGAUAUAUUGUUCCUUUCUGUAAUAUACAUGAUUUCCAGUGUUCUGUUUGUGAAUCUCGGGUUGAUGGUGGUCACUAGACUCGAUGCUGUAUGUUAUGGAUUAAACUCAUAAUAGUCAA